AUGGCUGAAUGUGGAUUCUGGACGCGAUCCAUUGCCGCGAGUGAGGUAAGUUCAUUGCCAGAGAGGAACAGACGACCACUCCAAAAUAACCAAUCAGAAUCAAAAAAGAAUCAGCAUAACCUUAAAACUAUACUUCUUUAUUCAAACUCAAAUCCAAUAAGAAACAAAGACGCUCUGGGUUACGGCUGCCAAUUCUGCGCAUCACAAUUUACCGAACCACAGAGACUUAAGGAGCACUUUUUGCACGAACACAAAAUAAAAGAUUUACUCAAAGCUAUAAACGGUAGACUGUUCGAGUAUUUCGUUAAAUUAGACAUAACAGAUUUGAAAUGCACAAUCUGUAAUAGAAGCUUGAAUAAACUGCAAGAACUCGUUGAUCAUAUUCAAACUGAACAUAAUAAAGAAGUUUAUGAAGAUUUGAAAAGUGCAAUAGUACCUUUUAAAUUUGAUACGGAAAAAUUGGUAUGCGCCGAAUGUUGCAAGGAGUUUCAGAAUUUCAAACAUUUGCUUGAGCAUAUGAACGUACAUUUCAGCAACUACAUAUGCCCUGUCUGUGGUAGGGGAUUCGUAACAGAUCGUCUAUACGCACGCCAUGUAAGGAGACAUAAAUCCGCAGAAUUUAAAUGCAAAGAUUGCGACAAAGUGUUCGGAUCUAAAGAAAAGUUACGCUAUCAUCAGAAAGGAGUGCAUUUAGGUUUCAUAAAGAGGAAUAAAUGUUUGAUUUGCAAAGAGAGAUUUCUGGAUUACUGGCAAAAAGUCAAUCAUAUGGUGAAAGUCCAUGGGGCGCCGGAAACCACUCAGAAAUGUAACGCUUGCGGCAGAUCGUUUAAAGAUCAGAGAAUGUUGACGAUUCAUAUAAAGAAAGACCAUUUGCUGGAAAGAAAGCACAAAUGUCAGGAGUGCGAAAUGCUGUUUUUCAGUGCCUCGAGACUGAAGCAUCAUAUGGCAAAGCAUUCUGGAUUAAGGCAAUUCAAAUGUGACAUAUGUUUGAAGGCGUAUGCUAGGAAGAAUACUCUAAGGGAACAUAUGAGGAUACACGCGAAUGAUCGUAGAUUUCGAUGCGAGCAUUGUGGCCAGGCGUUUGUCCAAAAAUGCAGUUUACUCAGCCAUGUGCGUUCGAAGCAUGGUAAUGUUGUUUAG